AUCCGCCCAGGCAGAGCCUGCUCGCGGGCCACGCCCCUUGAGCCCCGAGGGACUCGCGUGCGUUUAGCGAGGCGGAGUCUUCUUCGUGACCUUUCACCCCAGCAUGGCUGCGCCCUUGGGACCAGUGAAGUUCUGGAAACCCGGUACAGAAGGGCCUGGUGUCAGCAUCUCCGAAGAGAGACAGAGUGUCACUGAGAACUCGGGGACAACCAUCAUUUACAACCCGUAUGCUGCCCUUUCCAUAGAGCAGCAGCGACAGAAGCUGCCUGUGUUCAAGCUUAGGAACCACAUUUUGUACUUGGUAGAAAGCUAUCAGACUGUGGUGAUUGUUGGAGAAACUGGAUGUGGGAAGAGCACCCAGAUUCCACAGUACCUGGCAGAAGCUGGCUGGACAGCCGAAGGACGAGUGGUUGGAGUGACCCAGCCUCGAAGAGUGGCCGCUGUGACAGUUGCAGGGAGAGUAGCUGAUGAAAGGGGCGCAGUGCUGGGCCAUGAGGUGGGCUACUGCAUCCGCUUCGAUGACUGCACCGACCCGCUGGCCACGAGAAUUAAGUUCCUUACAGAUGGGAUGCUGGUCAGAGAAAUGAUGGUUGAUCCAUUGUUAACAAAAUAUAGUGUCAUCAUGCUGGACGAAGCCCAUGAGAGGACCUUAUAUACGGACAUUGCCAUUGGCUUGCUGAAGAAGAUUCAGAAAAAACGAGGGGAUCUUCGCCUGAUUGUGGCCUCCGCCACUCUGGAUGCAGAGAAAUUUCGAGAUUUCUUUAACCAGAAUGAAACUAGUGACCCAGCCAGGGAUACCUGUGUGACCCUUACAGUGGAAGGGCGGACAUUUCCAGUGGAUAUCUUUUACCUACAAAGUCCUGUUCCAGAUUAUAUCAAGGCAACUGUGGAUACUGUGGUGAAAAUUCACCAGACAGAGGGAGAUGGAGAUAUACUAGCCUUCCUUACUGGUCAGGAAGAAGUGGAAAUGGUUGUAUCCAUGCUGAUCGAGCAGGCCCGGGCGCUGGCUCGCACGGGGAUGAAGAAACACCUCCGGGUUCUCCCCAUGUAUGCAGGACUGCCUUCUUUUGAGCAGAUGAAGGUGUUUGAAAGGGUGUCCCACAGCGUCAGAAAGGUGAUUGUGGCCACCAAUGUGGCAGAAACUUCCAUCACAAUCAGUGGCAUUGUGUAUGUGAUUGACUGUGGCUUUAUGAAGCUCCGAGCCUACAACCCCAGGACAGCUAUUGAAUGCUUGGUGGUGGUACCAGUGUCUCAGGCGUCAGCCAACCAGAGGGCAGGGCGUGGUGGGCGCAACCGCUCCGGAAAGUGUUACCGCCUUUAUACAGAGGAAGCCUUUGACCAGUUACCUCAGUCCACUGUCCCUGAGAUGCAGCGCAGCAAUUUGGCCCCCGUCAUCCUGCAGCUGAAAGCCCUAGGGAUCGACAAUGUCCUCAGGUUCCACUUCAUGUCUCCCCCGCCAGCACAGUCGAUGGUUCAAGCCUUGGAAUUACUCUAUGCUCUCGGAGGCCUGGACAAAGAUUGCCGCCUAACUGAGCCGCUCGGCAUGAGAAUUGCAGAGUUCCCUCUGAACCCCAUGUUUGCCAAGAUGCUGUUGGAGUCAGGGAACUUCGGCUGUUCUCAGGAGGUCCUGAGCAUCGCUGCCAUGAUGCAGAUCCAGAAUGUCUUUGUGUUCCCAUCAAACCAGAAAUCUCAGGCAACUCGAGUGCACCGGAAAUUUGCUGUGGAGGAGGGUGAUCAUCUCACCAUGCUCAAUGUAUAUGAAGCAUUUAUCAAACACAACAAGAGCUCCCAGUGGUGUCAGGAGCAUUUCCUGAAUUACAAGGGUCUUGUCAGAGCUGCCACCGUGAGAGAACAGUUGAAAAAGCUCCUCGUCAAGUUCCAGGUGCCCAAGAUGUCCAGCGAAGGUGAUCCAGACCCUGUCCUGAGGUGCAUCGUGUCAGGGUUCUUUGCAAAUGCAGCACGGUUCCACUCCUCUGGGGCAUACAGGACUAUCCGUGAUGAUCAUGAGCUGCACAUCCACCCUGCCUCAGUCCUCUAUGCAGAGAAGCCACCCCGUUGGGUUAUCUACAACGAAGUUAUCCAGACCUCCAAGUAUUACAUGCGAGACGUGACUGCCAUAGAAUCUGCUUGGCUGCUGGAGCUGGCUCCGCAUUUUUAUCAACAAGGAACGCACCUGUCCCUGAAAGCCAAGAGGGCCAAGGUCCAGGACCCGUGAUUGGAGCUCAGCAAGUGGCUGCAGGGACGGCUUGGCAGCCUUCCUUCGUGUGGUUUCCAGCACCAGCUCAGGUGGAACAGGCAGUCGAUCUAGUGUGGGCUGCAUCCUGCGCAUUAGCUCCCUCUUCCUGCUCCCCUCAGCAUUUACCAUCCUUACUGGGACCCAAGAGGAGUCUGAGCAUGGCCGGUGUUCUGUUGCACCGCACCUAGGCCAAGCAAGAGUUGGCUCAGCUGUGCUCUGGACUCAGUGCUCACUCUCAGUAGCCAGCACACUACUCCAGCAGGCACAGUCCUGGUCCUGCUCUGCGGUGAGGAGAGUGAAGCGCUGAAGGCUGAAGGCCUGCGUAGACAGGGCUUUCUGGGUGCCUGUGUUUGCCUGCUGCGCCCCUGGUGGUUGUCUGCUGCGGUCCACUGCUGCUGUGUGCAGUAAGUACAAAAGGAAAUGCUGGGCUUUUCCGCCAAGAUCACCAAAGGUCUGGUCUGUCAGGCACGGGGCCCCCAAACCAAGCAGCUUCUUCCUUUCCUCUGCUCACGCCCAUGCUCAUCUGAGCAGAAGACUUAGGGCCACUGUGGUGGGCCGUGCGGGACCCACAGCCCCCGUCUUUGGUAGCCACUGCCUUUGCAAGUGGGCUUAGCUUUCUCCAGAGCACGAUGCCAUGUUCUGGUGCCAGUGUCUGGGCACCAGGGAAAGUUCAUCAACCUCGACCCCACAGGGCUCCUCUUUAGUAGGAAUUCACUACAGUUUAGACACCCUAAACUUGUGUAGCUCAGGAAUAUAACUCUCGUAUAUUUAUCUUUGUUCGUUUGCUUGCAUUCUUGCAAGGACAUAGGCAGCUCCCCUGGGCACUGUUCACACUGCCCCGCCAGGGCUGCUUUGCUGUGACGGUGAUGGCACUUCAGCACACGGCAAGACAGACGUCUCCAACCCUUACUGUUUCAAUGAUGCUUAUUUCAAAAGCGUAGCUUAAAAGUUUAUUUUUGUACUGGUCUUAGUUUGGAUGCGCCACUUUUGGCACCAAACCUAUGUCAUUUUUAUUUCCAUUUUAUAAAUGUGUAAAUAGCAGUGGUAACUUGUUAAUCAUAGUAAACCUUUGUACCUGAG